CCAAUAAUGUGAAAGGGAAGUGGGAGGAAAUUUGGCUCACUUGCAGGAAGUAGAGCUGUUGUGUAUGUAGUUAGUAGAGUGAUGGCGGAGAACAUAGAUGGAGAGAGCGCUGGACUUGGGGAGAACAGGAUGGCGUUGCAGCAGGCCAUACGUUUCCAUGGCCCUGCUCCACCUCCCAGCACAGUGUUACUAGGACCCCCUCCAUUACUAAGACCCCCACCUCCACCAUUCGGCAUGAUGAGAGGACCCCCACCGCCCCCCAGACCCCCUUUUGGACGACCACCGUUUGAUACCAGUAUGCCUCCUAUAGCCCCACCUGGAGCCUUGCCUCCACCCAUUGGUCCCCCACACCUGCAGAGGCCACAGUUUAUGCCUCCACCCAUGGGUAACAUGCCCCCUCCUCCUGGUAUGAUCUUUCCCCCCGGAAUGCCUCCGUCACCAGCUUCUGGGGCUGCUUCGAGUUUGCCCAGUGAUGAAAUCUGGGUAGAGAACACCACGCCAGAAGGAAAGGUGUAUUACUACAACGCCCGAACACGACAGUCGGCCUGGACCAAACCAGAGGGAGUAAAGAUCAUCCAACAGUCGGAGCUCCAUCCUCUGAUGGCAGGCCAGUCUGGAGGCACCUCGGCAUCUCCGAACACCACUGUAGCUAGCAGCAGCACAACUGUGCCUGGCUCAGUGUCAGCUCAGAGCCUAUCCCCCAACCACACCCUCAGUACCAGCCCUAGCACCAGCCCGACCCCUGUUGGUUCCCAGCCAUCCACCACGUCUAAUGUUUCUGAAAUGCCUCCAGUGGCCUCCACCCCUCCUGCUAGCAUUGGUGUGACCCCUGUUGCUGUGGUCAGUGUUCCUACAGUAACAGCUACAGUCACAGCUGUGCAGACUAUGCAGCUGUUGCCUCAGAGUCUCCCUCCAGGCCUGCCCAUGGCCCAGCCACCUGCCACCAUCCCAGCAUACCCCCCAAUCAUGGUGCCACCAUUCAGAGUGCCUCUACCUGGCAUGCACAUCCCACUGCCUGGUGUGCUGCCAGGCAUGGGCCCUCCUUUGGUACCCAUGAUGCACCCACAUUUGGCCAUCACUGCAACUCCUGCUUCUCUAGCUGGAGCACUUUCUCUUCCUGAAUGGACAGAGUACAAAACAGUCGAAGGAAAGACUUACUAUUACAACAAUCGCACUCUGGAGUCCACUUGGGAGAAACCACAUGAACUAAAAGAGCGGGAUAGAGAGAGUGACCGGGCUAAAGAUGGACAGAUUGGUGAUGCUUCAGAGUCUAGGGAUAUAAUUAUGAGAGGCAAAAUUGACAGUUUCGGCGAAUCCAAAGUGUUUCCCAGAGAGGAAGAUAUGACAGAAGAGGAAAAAGCAGCACAGAAAUCCAGACCUGUAGCCACAAACCCAAUUCCUGGUACUCCCUGGUGUGUGGUCUGGACUGGAGAUGAUCGUGUGUUUUUCUACAACCCAACUACAAGACUCUCCAUGUGGGACAGACCCGAGGAGCUGGUGGGCCGGUCUGAUGUGGACAAAUAUCUUCAAGAACCUCGCCACAAAAGGGGUCAAGAUGACAAGAAGAUAGGAAUCGGCAAAGAGGAGUUUGAUGCAGCAGAGGAUACACUUGAAGAUGAGCCUUCUAAGGCUAAAAAGAGAAAGAAGGACGAUGUGAAGGAGGCUGACGCAGGAAAAGAUGUGGCCGUGGAGGCCGAGCUGAAGGCCGCUCGCGAUCGAGCUCUGGUGCCCCUGGAGGCCCGAAUGAACCAGUUCAGGGACAUGCUGCUGGAGAGAGGGGUUUCAGCCUUUUCCACAUGGGACAAGGAGCUGCACAAGAUCGUAUUUGACCCGCGAUAUCUGCUGCUCAACCCUAAAGAAAGGAAACAGGUGUUUGAUCAGUAUGUGAAGACCCGUGCUGAAGAGGAGAGGAAGGAGAGGAAGAAUAAACUCACGCAGGCUAAAGAUGACUUCAAGAAGAUGAUGGAAGAUGCCAAGCUUAACAUCAGGACCACAUUCAGCGAGUUUGCGGCAAAACACGUGAAGGAUCCUCGCUUUAAAGCCAUCGAGAAGAUGAAGGACAGAGAAGCCAUGUUCACGGAGUUCAUGAUAGCGUUGAGAAAGAAGGACAAGGAAGAUUCGAAGAACAAAGUUGAGAAGGUAAAGCAGGACUUCUUCGAUUUACUGUCGGACCACCAUGUGGACACCACCCAACGCUGGAGCAAAGUAAAGGACAAGCUGGAGACCGACCAGCGCUACAAAGCCGUGGAGAGCUCUGCUGCUAGAGAAGAACUGUACAAACAGUAUGUUGAGAAACAGGCAAAGAGCGUGGAUGCUGAAAAAGAGAAGGAGCUGGAGAGGCAGGCUCGUAUUGAUGCGAGUCUGAGGGAGAGAGAGAGGGAGGUGCAGAGAGCUCGAUCUGAACAGACCAAAGAGAUCGACAGAGAGAGAGAGCAGCAUAAACGUGAGGAGGCCACCCAGCACUUCAAAGCUCUCAUGUCUGAUAUGGUCAAGUCAACGGACGCUACGUGGUCGGAAACGAGGCGCAGUCUGCGUAAGGACCACCGGUGGGAGUCGUCAUCUCUGCUGGAGAGACACGAGAAGGAGAAACUGUUUGAGGAGCAUGUGGAGGCUCUCACUAAGAGGAAGAAGGAGCAUUUCAGGCAGCUGUUAGAUGAGACCUCUAUGAUCACACUGACCACCACAUGGAAAGAAGUGAAGAAGAUCAUUAAAGAUGACCCACGCUGCAUCAAGUUCUCCAGCAGUGACCGAAAAAAACAACGGGAAUUUGAAGAUUAUAUAAAGGACAAAUACAUCACAGCCAAAGCUGACUUCAGAACGCUCUUGAAGGAAACGAAAUUCAUCACGUAUCGAUCACGGAAGCUGAUCCAGGAGUCAGACCAGUACUUCAAGGACAUUGAGAAAAUCCUCCAGAACGAUAAACGUUACCUGGUCCUAGACUGUGUCCCAGAGGAACGCCGCAAACUCAUCACGUUCUAUAUCGAGGACCUGGACCGCAGAGGACCUCCGCCACCACCAACUGCCUCAGAACCUACCCGCCGCUCUACGAAGUGAGGUCAAAGGUCUUCAGCUAGUCAGACUUCCAUUUAUCACCGCACAGUGUUAAAGACAUUGUCUAACUUUGAAACGUGUGUGUUAUCUACUGUGCGAGAUGAUUCCCUGUUCGCCCACUAAAUGUAGGCUAGCACAAUGUUGCGGUCAAUCUAUUAAAUUCGAUCAUCAGGUGGCUGCGUUUGUACAUGUCACACUUGAUACUGAAGCCUCCUGUGGUUCUGAUGUGGAUUAUCAAUGGCACUAGGCCGUUAAACAAUAAUGGGAAAGUGUGCAUCAUCCAGUACAUUAUGGUUAUGUAAAAUAUUUCUUAAAGCGGUUUGAUUUGGACGUUGCUAUAUUUCUGUAUGCGUUGGAAACUGGAAAUAAAUGCAACUUUUUUUGUUUG